GCUCGCUUGGAGGAGCACACAGCCGAUGCUGGGCUACUCGAGGCAGCAGCGUGAAGUGGCGGCGACGUCGGCUCAUCCACGCUCUGCUCUCCCCAGUUCUUCACCCGAGCGGAGCGGACAGCCUCGCUGCCUGGCUUAAGAUGGACGGCCAGAACGGCGAUUUUAACAUCCUGCUGGCCACUGAUUCGUACAAGGUGACUCAUUAUCAGCAAUAUCCACCCAAUACAACCAAGGUCUAUUCUUACUUUGAAUGUCGCGAAAAGCGGACUGAAAAUAAAUCCAACAAGGUGCAAUAUGAUGAAACUGUGUUCUAUGGUUUGCAGUACAUUCUGAAGAAAUAUCUAGCAGGCAAAGUUGUAACUAAGGAAAAAAUUCAAGAGGCGAAAGAGCUCUACAGAGAACAUUUUCAACAUGACGUUUUUAAUGAGAGUGGCUGGAAUUAUAUCCUUGAGAAACAUGAUGGUCACCUUCCAAUAGAGAUCAAGGCUGUACCUGAAGGAAGUGUCAUUCCACGGGGAAAUGUUCUCUUUACGGUUGAAAAUACAGAUCCUGAGUGUUAUUGGUUAACUAAUUGGGUUGAGACUUGCCUUGUUCAAACUUGGUAUCCAAUUUCUGUAGCUACUAAUUCCAGAGAGCAGAAGAAAAUUUUGGCCAAGUAUUUAAUGCAGACUGCUGGUAAUUUGGAUAGACUAGAAUAUAAGCUUCAUGACUUUGGCUAUCGAGGUGUUUCCUCUCAAGAGACGGCAGGAAUAGGGGCAUCUGCUCAUCUAGUAAACUUCAAAGGAACUGAUACGGUUGCAGGAAUCACAGUGAUCAAGAAGUAUUAUGGAACAAAGGACUCCAUGCCAGGCUUUUCAGUGCCAGCAGCAGAACACAGUACAAUUACAGCAUGGGGAAAAGACUGUGAAAAAGAUGCCUUUGAACACAUAAUGAAGAAGUUUUCUACUGUGCCUGUAUCAAUUGUCAGUGACAGUUAUGAUAUAUAUAAUGCUUGUGAAAAAAUCUGGGGUGAGGACUUAAGAGGUUUGAUAGAAGGAAGGAGUCCUGAAGCUCCACUCAUUAUUCGGCCAGAUUCAGGAAAUCCACUUGAUACAGUUUUACAGGUUCUUGAAAUUCUUGGGAGGAAAUUUCCACCAAUCGAAAACUCUAAAGGCUAUAAAGUAUUUCCACCAUUCUUGAGGGUCAUUCAGGGAGAUGGUGUGGAUAUCAACACUUUACAAGAGAUUGUACAAGGAAUGAAAGAACAUAAAUGGAGCAUUGAAAACAUUGCCUUUGGAUCGGGUGGAGCUUUGCUGCAGAAGAUAACAAGAGAUCUUUUGAAUUGUUCUUUUAAAUGCAGUUAUGUGGUGACCAAUGGUCUCGGGGUAAAUGUUUUCAAAGAUCCAGUUAUGGAUCCAAAUAAGCGAUCCAAGAAAGGGCGUCUGUCUUUGCACUGCACUGUUUCAGGGGAUUAUGUUACACUCGAAGAGGGUAAAGGUGAACUAGAACAAAAUGGGCCUGAUCUACUACACACAGUUUUCAAGAAUGGCAUAGUUGUUAAGAGCUACACCUUUGAUGAAGUGAGGGAAAAUGCACAACUGAAGAAAAAAAUGGGAAGCUCCCAAAUCUGUGAAUUCAAAUAAAUGUCUGCAGAAUGAUGUCCUAUGUCUGCUGCAGAUUCCGUGCACAGAUGUGUGUAUAUAUUCGGUUUUAAUUUGCCUAUUAAAUCUAAACAUUUAUAAUUAUAUGCUGUACCAUGUAAACAGCAAAUGAUGAUCAAGCGUACAGUGAUCAGCCAGUAUGGUUUGUAUUUUUAACACUGUACACAGUAUGAACAAUUUAUUGCUUUGAACAGCUGCUACUUGUGUUUUUAAAUGUAAAUUGUAAGGUAAAUAGUGGUUACUAGGAAUUAUGAAAAUAUUACAAAUGUUGGCCCAUGUUUGUCAUGCAUUUGGACUGGAUCUCCACCUUAAGUAGUAAAAAAUUUGGCCGAUGUUGGAAAUAAUUUAAAGAACUUUUUUAGUGUACAUAUAUACCAAGCUUUUUUUAUCUUCAUGUUUUGUUUUUCCUUAAAUGGGAUUUCAGACACUGUUCCUGUUUUGGAAUAAGGGCAACUUUGCAGAAUAAAAAAUAGGGUUGUGCCAAAGUACAACCGUUUGAUAUUGUGUUGAACAAAGCCUUUUUUGCACACACACGAUUAGAUUUUGAAAGGUUGGAUAGUUAAUGGUCCACUUAUUUUUUAAACCUGUGUGUGCUGAAAAUGCAGGCUUUUUAAGAGCAAACAUGGAGGGUGUCCACUCUAAUUAAAGUUGCUCUUUGCAACUGUCAGAACUAAAUUAAUGCAGAAGGUGUUUUUCUCUCUCUCUCUCUCUCUCUAUCUCUCUCUCUCUCUCUCUCUCUAUCUCUCUCUAUCUCUCUCUAUCUAUCUCUCUAUCUCUCUAUCUCUCUCUCUAUCUCUGUCUCCCUUCCCCCCCUCCCUCUCUCUCUCUUCCCCCCCCCCCUCUCUCUCUCUCUCUCUCUCUCUCUCUCUCUCUCUUCCCCCUCUCCCCCCUCCCUUGAAUACACUGAUUAAUUUUGAUUGGACUUUCAUGCACUUGAGCUUAUAACUUCUGAAAUUGAUAUGAAGGUGACUUCCCUUGAACACUUUAUUUCUUUUUAAUUCAAUUUACUUUUUGCUGAAUCACUACUAGUUGUUUCUGAAGUAAGAUAGGGAUGGAAGAUGAAAAUUGGUAUGUAUUAUAUACAUCCCCCCCCACCCCCCGUAGAAAGUUGGAGUAAACCCAAUCUGUAUUGGAAUAAGAAAUGGAAAUGGUAAUUAAAUAUUGUAAAUCUAUAGGAGUGAAUGUAAAUUCGAUCGUGUCCCAUUAGAGUUAUCAUUUCUGGAGAUAAUUUUGCGCACCAGUAGCGUGUAAUAUUUUUUUUCUGUAUGAUUGUUUGACGUCUCCAGUUUCAGAUUAUACUUGUUAUAUUUUAUAUUUUUUUACCACGGCAACAAAUCUAAAUAUUAAAUACAGCCUUGGACUAUGCAGUUGGAUUUUUUAAAAAAUUUCUUACAUGCACAUACUGAUUGCAUUCAUCUAAAACGUAAUGGUUUAACAAGAAAUUUAAGAAUAAGUUGAAAAUAAACACCUUUAUAGGUGUAAUUGAUUCUCUUUGUUUCGUUCACCCAUAUAAUCAUGAAGUGGAAGUACAAUUGUUAUUAGUUGUAUUUUUAAAAGAAGUGUAACCUUAAAUAAUUCAUUGAACUGAUUGGUGCUAUUUCUGUGAAGUGUGGCUUCCUCUUGAUAUUAAUUCCACACUGAUGAUAGUCUGUCAAGGAAAGAAACAGGAAUAAUGUUGUACAAUUAUUCAAAACUGAGAUCAAACAGAACAGCAAGUAGAGGGAACAAAGUUACAAAUGAUUAGAACAUUUUAAAAUAUUUGCUGUAUGAUUGUGUAGUAUUAAACUCAACACCAAGGUGUUUUCAUUUCAUAACAUUUCUGUUUUCAACCUACUUUACAUUCUUUAAAAUAAAAGGUUGUUCAACUUGCAUUGAAUAAAAUGCCAAUCUCACUUGACACAAAAUUUAUUUGUUAUGUGAAUGUUACAUAGAACCCUGGCAAGGAACUUCUGUUGGGGGUUCAAUCAAUGCAUAAACUUCUACAGCGUAAGAGCACAGUCUGGAUGCAAAAAAAAAAUCCAUUGUGCUGUAUACAGAAAUUUUCUAUCAGAUGUUCAUGAAUGAACUGCAGUGUUAAGCUGGGGUUGAAUGGUUGUGACAAUUAUAAAUUCAAGUAUCUAAGAAUUGAAAAGCCUGAAAGGAGAGUUACCUGCAAAUCAGUCAUGUGUUACAGUGACCCAUUGAGUAAUGCAUCAAGCAAACUAGCUUACUACAAUGCAGAAAGUAACUGCUUGGCCCAUCAAAUCCAUGCCAGCUCCUAGCAGAGCAAUCCCAUUAUUCCUCAGCACUGCAAUUUCUCUGUCUCCCAUGCCCAUCAAUUGUCAUUUGAUUCCAUAAACUACACCAAGGGGUAACUAAAGUGCUAGCUCAAUUUUGAGAUAGGAGAAAGCCAGGGCACCUCGCUCAAAUUCGUGCAGUCAAGGAGAACAGACAAACUUCACAGCUGGCACCAGAGGUUAGGAUCAAACCUGGAUUGUGGGAGAUGAAUCAGCACUAAUAGCCGCACCACUAAUGCCACCCAAUUUUGUAUUUACUUUUCUUUAACCACUGCCCCCCCCCCCAAUUUGGUCUUUCAAAUGGGCCCAGUAGGCCUGAGUGUAGCGCCUUUGAUUCAAGCCUUGUCAUCAUGUAUUAGUUUAUAACUUCUCACCUUUUAAAUAAAUUAUUAAGACAAUAUUAUUUUCAAGGAAUAUCUCUUGGCAGGGAUGGUUUCUGAGUUAGAGCUGCUAAUCCAAUUUUCAAUGUAGUUUGCACCUUUAAAACAGUUAAUGUUGUCCUCUUUCCUAAUGCCUGCAGAAAUUUUGUAGGUAUCUGAGACAGCCUUGUUUUCAGAAUAACUAAAUUUUAUUGAUACUGGUUUUGUCAAUAAGUCUGAGCACUUACCCUUUUAUAAAUGUAAUAAACUGGACUACAAAGCCAUCUCUUAUUUUGUAUACAAAUUUGAGGUGGUUAGCUAUCCUAAAUACCUCUUUUUAAAUGAAUUUUUUUCCUUGUGUAUUGACUGAUCAAUGAACUUUAAAUAAUAAGGCUUUGUUUUACACAAUGUAUACUUUGUCAAUUGGAAAAUCUUACUGCAUCUCUAAUUUUGCAUAAUUGCUUACUUUUGCUGAACUUGAUGCCAUUUGCUGUUUCUCAAUUUCUCCUAUAAAAUAUAUUUUUCCCAUAAACCUGAAACCUAUCUGAAAUAUUAUUAAUAAAAUGUUUCUUUUGA